CUAAACACAGCACUACACAGAGAGUACUGCACAGCACGAUGGUUCUUACGAAGUGUCAUUUACGACACGUGUGUUUUUAUUAAGCAACUGUAUUUUCUUUGAAUUGUUUUUAUAGUUUUGAAUUUAGGAAGAGAAAUGGAAGCAGAUGUUCCUACGAAAGUAAACUCUGUCGAGGUUAUACGGGAGGCCUUGAGAGAAUUAAGCUACGCGGAAAGAAAAGAGCACCGUAUACAAAUACUGAACAAAAACCGUGUGACUUUGGGUAACAUUGUAUUGGACUCAGCUUUUACGCCAGAAUUCGUUAUCGAAAAGGCGAAAGCACUUAAGAAGAAACAGAUAUCGACAGAGGAGUACAAGCAGUUACAAAACGCUCUUAUUCAGGGCGAGGAGAAUGUGACAGCAUUUCUGAAAGUGCAGAGUAUAAUAAUUUCCUUGGUACGUGAUUUGUGCAGUCCUAAUCCUGUUCUGCAGUUAUCUGCCAUCAGUUGCUGUUGCAACAUAGCGCUGGGAAAUCCCAAGGCUUGUACUAUAUUAACAAAACACAUUGCGCCAUAUCUUAUCACAGAAUUGGAUUGUUAUCCAAACUAUCCUCUAUUGGAAGUUUGCAUGUGGACAGUAGGGAAUUUGGUAGCCGAAAGCAGGAGAUCUUUUGAAAUUCUUCAAGCGCACGAUUGUUUAAAAUAUAUUACAUCACUGAUACACAAUUGCGAUAGCACCAUUUUGGCUUCGGUAAUAUAUGCAGCUGUCCACUACGUACACAUUGGUUUUAAACAUAUCCCUGAAAAUGAAAUGGUUGAACUUGUUAAGACUUGUACAGAGAGGAUUGUCUCCUUUGAAAAUCCAUACUUUAUUUGGCUGCUAGCUCUAUUGUCCUCUCAUGCUGUCUGCAACACAUAUUUAUAUAAUACAGUACCUUUGAUGCUAGAUUACUUACAUCAAAACACUGCAAACAACAUCACUGCUGUAACAGAGAUCACAGCGUGUAUAAGAAUAUUAGCCAACACUGUUAGUGAAAAAUCUGGGCAAUUAGCCAAAUUUCUUUUUAGCAAUCCAAAGUAUGAAGAAACAAAUUCUGAGAUGUUAAACAGACUACUAUCGUGCCAACACUUACACGUUAGGAAGGAAACUUUAUGGUUAAUAGGCAACCUAUACAACCAUAACUGCUCCGAUGUACAAAAAAUUGUACAAGAUAUUAUACCCAAACUGUCGUUUAUCAAACAAGCAGUUCUCUCUACAACGCAACAAACUAUGACCAUAAGUACAGAUUUAACCAUUUGAGCAGGUAUACCAUGCUUUGCAACGUAUCAAUAACAGUAUUUACAUGUAUACAUAUACAUAUAAUAUUAUUUAGCACUAAUUGUAAAUGGUAAAACGCCUUUCCAGACUUUCUAUCCCGAGAGCAUACUUGUAUACAGCGUUUCGAUACAAAAAUAUUAAAAUUGUUAUUAUACAAUAUAAACUACGCUCGUUAUCAAUUACACAACAACCUAUUGCGAUAAGAUUAUCAUCUUAAUAAUUCAUUUUGACAGGAAUAAAUUCUCGUCGUAUUCCAAUGGAAGUAUGGUCGUCCCUCGUAACGUCUUGUAUACAAGGUACUUUCACUAGAUUGAAAUAAAUGUGGCCCAUAAUGUCUGCCGUUGAAUGCCUACUCGCCUUCAAGCAGCGGUACAGUGCCUCGUCGCAGGUGCAGUGCGAUCUGCGAAGGUGAGAACAAGACUUAUAUGUAUAUUCUGCAUAGUUCGCAAACAAUGUUAUUAUGAUCUAAAGACACGAUAACGCGCAAGAAAUAAAAUAAGAAUUGUAUAUUUUUCAUA